CCCAACGCAGCGAUCAUGAUGCGCAAGGUGACCUUCGAGCUGGGCCGCUGCGUCCGCGAGACCGGCCAGGCGCUGGACCGCCUCGGCCUGCGCGUGCUGAACGACAACUCCUUCAAGGAGAAGUUCUCGCGCCACCGCCAGGUGAUGGCCCUGUACGACAAGCGGCCGAAGAUCGCGCACGACGUGUGGGUGGCCCCCAACGCCACGGUCGUGGGCGACGUGGAGAUCUGCAACGACGCGUCGGUCUUCUACAACGUGGUCAUCCGCGGCGACCUCAACCAGGUGCGCAUCGGCAACCGCACCAACGUGCAGGACCGCACGGUCAUCCACACGGCCAGCUCCACCUCUCCCGGCCUGGCCCCGGGCGCCAACAUCGGCAACGACGUGACCAUCGGCCACGGCUGCACGCUCUACUCGUGCACGGUUGAGAACAACGCGCUCAUCGGCAUGGGCUCCAUCAUCCUGGACGGCGCCCUGGUCGAGUCCAACACCGUCAUCGCCGCGGGCAGCGUCGUGCCUCCUGGACGCCGCAUCCCGUCGGGCCAGCUUUGGGCCGGCAACCCGGCCAAGUACGUGCGCGACCUCUCGGACGACGAGGUGGCCGACAUCACCAAGCAGGCCAGCGAGUACAAGAGCAUCGCCAGCACCCACAGCGACGAGUUCCUGCCCUACGGCACGGCCUACCUGGACGCCGAGAAGAUCAAGGCUGCCGGCGGCCACCUGUAGAGAGGAGUCUCUUGAGUCACUCUUUUUCCUCCCCUCCCUUAGGUGAGAGGAAGAGGUCGCUCGCGCCUCUGUAAGCAUGGAAUGCUCGUGUCUCGUUACUUUUUAAGCGAAGCAGGAACAACUCUCCACCCCCAUUUACAAGAAAAUACAAGCCACAAACAAAAAUGUGU